CGGCUGUAGGGCAGGGCCGGGGGGCUCUGGAGGCCUCGCGGGGUGCUGGGCCCUGGGGUCGGUCCACCUGGGCAGGGUGAGGGCCCUGCACGGGCUCCUGUCCCGGCCGUGCCCUGGGCUGUCUGUCAGCACACCCCUGGUCUUGCUGCUUGCUGCCUGUCUGCCAAGCUCGGCUGCUGCGUUUUGAGCCCAGGUUAAAGGGAAGAGAAGUUGAAAACACCCUCCUGGCUGUGCUCUGGGCCUCCCCUCCGUCUCCAUCAUGGCAGGGGGCAUCACUGACACUGGAGAGCUUUACUCUCCAUAUGUUGGCCUGGUUUACAUGUUCAACCUCAUCGUCGGGACAGGAGCCCUCACGAUGCCAAAGGCCUUUGCGACAGCAGGGUGGCUCGUCAGCCUCAUCCUCCUCAUGUUCCUGGGAUUUAUGAGCUAUAUGACUACGACCUUUGUGGUGGAAGCCAUGGCUGCUGCAAAUGCCCAGCUGAGAUGGAAGAGAAUGGAAAAACGCAAGGAGGAUGAUGAGGAUGAGGAUUCUUCCUCUGGAGUAUCUGACAGUGAUGUUCUCCUCCCAGAUGGCUACGAGCGAGCAGAGACACGGCCUAUCCUGUCAGUUCAGAGACGUGGCUCACCCAAUAUCUUUGAAAUCACUGAGAGGGUGGAAAUGGGCCAAAUGGCUUCCAUGUUCUUCAAUAAAGUGGGUGUCAACCUCUUCUAUUUCUGCAUAAUUAUCUACCUCUAUGGAGAUCUGGCAAUCUACGCAGCAGCAGUACCAGUCUCUCUCAUGCAGGUGACCUGCAGUGUCACUGGCAACCAUUCUUGUAGUGUUGGAGAUGGCACAAAGUACAACGACACAGACAAGUGCUGGGGGCCAAUUCGGCGGAUUGAUGCUUACAGGCUGUACCUGGCAGCAUUCACUCUCCUCUUGGGUCCUUUCACCUUCUUCAAUGUGCAGAAGACCAAGUAUCUUCAAAUCAUGACGUCCCUCAUGAGAUGGAUAGGUUCUGCCUGGCCCAAGGCAGCAGAGUCUGAGACGGCUGCAGCAGGACCCAGUCAAAGCUGGGGGAGUGGAGAUGCCUCAGAGGCUUUUUCUUGCCUUCCUGCUUUCAUCCUCAUGAUAAUUCUGGCCCUCAUCCGCAUCAGCAGAGGCCAAGCUGAAGGUCACCCGUCCAUGGCCCAGCUGUCGGGCAUCCGCAAUCUCUUUGGGGUGUGCGUCUACUCCUUCAUGUGCCAGCACUCCCUGCCAUCCCUCAUCACACCCAUCUCCAAGAAGAAGCAUGUCAACAAGCUCGUGCUGCUCGAUUACAUCCUGAUCCUGGCUUUCUACAGCCUCCUGUCCUUCACUGCCAUUUACUGCUUCCGCAACGACACCCUCAUGGACAUGUACACGCUCAACUUCACCAACUGUGAGAUCAUCAACGUUGCCUUCAUUCGGUACUUCCUGGGCCUCUUCCCCGUCUUCACCAUCAGCACCAACUUCCCCAUCAUCGCAGUGACCCUGCGCAACAACUGGAAGACCCUUUUCCACAGAGAAGGGGGGACCUACCCGUGGGUGGUGGAUAGGAUUGUCUUUCCUGCCAUCACAUUGAUUCCCCCAGUGCUGGUGGCUUUCUGCACCCAUGAUCUGGAGUCCUUGGUGGGGAUCACAGGAGCCUAUGCUGGGAAUGGGAUCCAGUAUCUCAUCCCGGCUUUCCUCGCAUACUGCAGUCGGAAGGACACUCAGCUGGUCUUUGGCAGCGGGACGGUGAACAAGCACCUCUCCCCCUUCAGGCACACCUUCUGGAUUGUGUUUGUGCUCAUUUGGGGCUUUUCUUGCUUUGUGUUUGUGACUGCAAACAUUGUCCUGAGCGAGUCAAAGCUCUGAUGGGGGAUAGCAGCACAUUCCCUCUGGGGCUCCAGAGACUCCAGCAUUUCAGCUCCCCCUCUGGGACUGUGCAGUAGGGGAGAGGUAGUGUGAAGGGAAGUUUCCAGGCCACUGGCUUGGUGACACGGGUCAGACCUGGACACAGACUUUCUUCGCUCCAUUUUGGGUGUGGAUGGAGUGGAUUCAGCCUUGUCACAGUUGUGGUUCUCAGACAAAGCCCUGGGGCUGAGCCCUUGGCAGCCUGCACCAUUAACCAGUGUCCAGCCAUUUCUGCCUUCGGCUCUGUCGGAGCAGCACGUUCUCUGUCCCUCAGUGGCUCUCUGAGUGCUGCAGGUCUCGGCACACAGAAGAGCAGACAGCCUCGGCUGCUCACUGCACUGAUUGGCUAAAUAUCCCUUCUCCCAAAGGCAGGGGUGUGCUGUGCAGAAUCCAGCAGGAGUUUGGCAGAACUGAGUCUCCCUUCUGCUGAGACUCCUUCAAACCAACCUCCUGUGCCACCUGAAGGAAGAAAUUAGAGUGGGAAUAGACCUAAUUCAGAAGGACAUAAUUUUUUGCAGUUACAUUUUCAUUUUCUAGAGUCAUUAAUUUGUUGGUGCACCAUGGAUUGCCUAGGAUCUGGGAUCUGUAGCUUAGAGCUGGAUUUCUCCACCCCGGGAGUUUACAUUAACACUUCCAUCCUGUUUUCUUGUGCUGUGGCAGCCCAGUUGCUCAGAGCAAUACCCCUCUGCAUGCAGGGAUACAGCUCUUCCCCCUGGAAAGGCAAUCAAUCAGCCUUGCGUCCCUCGGCAACAGCACACGGCUCGGGCGUUCCUGCUGCCAGAACCCUUGUCCCUUUCUCCCCUUUGCACGGGGCUGCUACAAGCAGCCAGGCCCUGACUCCAGCGGUGGGAAUCGGGAAUGGGCUGCGGAGGUGCUAAUUACCCAGUCCUGACACGCGAGAGGCCCGCGGAGCUCCGGCUGUGCACAGUGAUGCGUUCCCAGCUCCCCGUGCUGGGUAAUUAGCCUUGAAACAAGGUGGGUGUUAACUCAGGGGAAUGUGCUGGUGCCAGGAGGAACCGGCCGUGUCCUGGCUCAGUCCUGCCUGCAGCAGCACAGCUCCCAAAACGGGGCAGCAAAACCUGAAACCGUGCUGGAACUGGGCUUGAAUCCCCCCUCUUCUCCUUCUGCACAGAGUUAAGGUGGGCUUUGGGCUGCUCCUGCUCUGCUGCUCUGAGAAUGGGGCUGCUCUUACCUUAGGCAGCUCUAGGUGAGCCUCGGCUUUUAAGGCAAUUGUGGUCACUGUAACACCACACAGUGACAAACAACACCAAGUCCUGUGCUCUGAGGCCCUUGGGCACAGAUCAAAUGGGGUUUCCUGACAAAAGGAAGAACAUUAAAAGUCUUCACCUGAAAUAUUUUAACCCCCUGUUAUCUAAGCAGGUUCAAAACCGGGUGCAUGUCAGAUCCUCCUGCCCUCUGCACUUGCUGCAGUAUUAAAUGUCACCACUCACUAAAGCAAGCUUUGAACUGCAGCUCUUUUUAAUCAAGCUCUGUUUUCAAGUAGGACUUUCUGGUUUCCAUAUGACCUGAAGUGCUCCUCCUGGGGGAAUAUGCAAGUACCUGGAGCUGUAUAAAACCACUUCAUGGCUUUUAGAGCAAAACCCUGCACCUCUCGAGCCUGAGCACUGCCACUGUGUCCUUGUGGAGCUGCCUGGAGAGGAUCCGGGGGGACUGUUUGUCUUCUCGGCAGCUUGAUCCUAAACAGGCUUUGGCAGCCCUUGCUAGUGAGUUUAAACAUCCCCAAGAGCUCCUGAGAAGCUGAUGUAGCAUCUUCAGUACCAAAUUAAGAAGGUAUUUUACAGGUAGCUGGUGCUGGUGUCUCAUUUAGGAAGCAGUAGGUUGGAGGGCAGAUUCAUGGGGCAGCUGAGCUGGGAGCCACCUGCAAGGCAGCUGGGAGCUGGGCAGAGCUGGAGGGAGGAAUUUAAUGCUGACGAAAUGAGCCUUUGGAAGCUGGAGAGGCUGAGGGGGCUGUUCCUCUGCACGAGUGUGCAGGUGUGGGUUCAUGGAAGGGACUGAGAGCUCUCUCUGCCCUGGGCUGCCCGUGCUUUGCAAGGCUCAGCCCCAGCCCUCCACAUGCCCAUUUCAGCCUCUUGCCUUCACAUUUCAUUGCACCCAGAGAACGGGGCCGUUCUCCAUUAUUCCAUCUCCUCUCGCCCUCCCCUCCUCUCUCAGGGCUGCCCCGCUGGCCCUGCCUGGGAUAGGGGAGGAAGAGUGCCCAGCCUGACACCCCCUCCCCUUUCCUGCCACCUCUUACAUUUACAGAUGUGCCUUCUCUUCCCUGCCCCAUAUGUCCCCCUCGACACAGUGUGUGACAGUGACUUCUGAGGGGCUGUACCUCCAGGAGCUGCUUGGAUUCAGGUUUUGGAUGCAGUGGCACACUGAGGGCUCACACCCUGGCCCCAGCCUUUGCCGUGGUACCUUACUGGGAAGGACUCUGCUCCCCAAAGGAGCAUGAGUGCUUCUCAAAUAAAUAACCACGAAUUCCCAGACACCCAUCGUCCUUGCACAGCAGCAAAACAAAUAUAUCCGAGGAAUUGGGGUGGUUAACGGAAAGAAGCUCUACGGCAGAGAACAUUUUUCAUAUAAAACAUGACAUAGCAAUGCCUUAAAAAUUACUGGAGAAAGCGGGAAGGGGAUGGCUCAGUGCAGCCAGCGCUGGCUGGAGGGAUGCUGUGUGACCCCUGGGUGCGGGGCAUGAGCUCUCUCCUCUCACCCAUCGCGAAUUGAGUCUAUUUUUAUUUGGCCAUUAUCAGCACUAACAAUUCAUUAUUACAGAUUCACACGUGAUGCUUGUCCUGACUGUAAUUAGUUUUAAAAAAAAAAAAAAAAAGGGAUUAAAACCAAUAAAAUGCACAUUAUA